AUGAGGGCUCACGCGCUCAUUUACAGUCCAGAUGUGGCAGCGAAAAGGAAGACAUUUCACGUCACUGCACAAGCACCCGUGCAGAAAGAGGUAAGUGAAGAGGAGCGUGUUCGCAGGGCUGAGAAGAAACGAGAAAAGAAGUUGCUAUCGAAACAAAGCGACGAAGAAGUUCGCAGAUUGGAAUUACUCAGGAAGGAAAAAGAGAGGGAAGAGCGCCGUUUGAAGAGAGAAGAAGAGAAGAGACGUCAGGAAGAGCUGGAAUACCAGAAAUGGCAAGAAAUGCAGAAGAAGAAAGAGGAGAAACUUCAAAGAGAAGCGGCCGAGCGAGAGGCUGCCGAGAAGAAAGCUGCGGAGGAAGCCAAGAAAGCCCGUGAAGCACAACUUGCUGCUGAGAAGGAAAAGGCAAAGAAGGCGAAGAAAGCAGCUGAGAACGAAAAGAAAGCAGCUGAGAGCGAAAAACUUACGAAGACUACAGUUUCUGUUGAUAAAACUUCGCCCCCUGAACAGCCAGUCGCGCCUGCUGCCAAAAAAGUUGAGGAGGAGGUAUGGGCAGAUUCGUGCAUUUUAUUCUUCGAUCUGCCUGAAAAGAAGAAGAAAAAGAAGGAGAAAGAGCAAAGUGUCGAGAAGGAAGCGCCCGUCAAAGUUAGCAAUGCUGUAGAGACAAGUCCGCCUGUAGUGGAGGAUGAAAAGCAAUCGAAAAAGAAAGGUGGUAAGACGAAGAAGACAAGUGAAAGCGACUCCGGCUUCCACAAUGGUGAGCACGAUACUGUGCUGUCGAAUGAUGUCGAGGAUGAGAAAACCCAUGGAAAGCACAAUGAGACCCAUGGCAAGAAGAAUAAAAAGAGUAAGAAGAGCGAGGGUGAGACUAUCGAAGUGGCCAACGGCCAUAUUACUCAUAACGUUUUCAAUCAACCAGAUCAUGUCAUCGAUUCUGCCCCACUUGGCAAUGUGCCAGACGCAGGCUUUGUGCAAGUGGAUGGCGAAAAGAAAAAGGGCAACAAAGGAAAGAAACACGAAAAGGACGCGCAGCUUUCCAUGGGCGAAACGGAUGAAGUAUCGCUGAAGAAGAACAAGCAAAAAGAGAAGAAGGGCAAGCAGGCAUCACCCACCACUACGGAAGUGCCUAAAGUUGAAGUUGUGACGGAACUGACAAAAGAUGCGAACCAAAGUGCCCCUUCGGCUACGAAGUCGCCACCAAUUCAAGUGCAUGAAGUGACCAGCACGGCUAAUGUAAACGGAAUGAAAGAAACCUCCCACACUUCGUCAACGACGACAUCCCCUACACAAUUUGCCCAGAACGUCGAAAAACUAAUUUCACACACUAUGCAUAGGUCUAGAGCCGAAAUUAUUGAAAUUGAUCCAAACGUGAAGGUGACGAUCGACCAUCAACUGGCUAAACUGGCUGAAAGGAAGACGGAAUCAUCCGAGCCUAAGAUCCUCAUCACCCCACUCCCCAUUGAACUUCACUAUUCGAGGCCUACGACGCCUUCAAAUCGCGAACGAGUAUACAAACUGCUUCCAAAAGACAUAAUAUUUUGUUCUGGACUGUUGGACUCACACGGGGAAAAUUAUGCUGCAAUGGCUGCCGAUCCAAGAAACAUUUACAAAGAAAAUGCACGGGCUAUUCAAAGAAAAAUGAGGAUUUUCAAGGAAUCUCCCCACUAUCAGACAUACUUACGCGCAAAGGAGGAAGGAAAAACAGUCGAAGAGGUGUUGGCCGAUGAAGGCCAGAUGUGA